AUGAUGAAUAUAUUUCACAAGAAGUUUGGGUUGCACUGUUUCAGGACAAACCAGCUGGAGGCCAUCAAUGCUGCUCUGCUGGGGGAGGAUUGCUUCAUCCUCAUGCCCACAGGAGGUGGGAAGAGCCUGUGCUACCAGCUCCCAGCCUGUGUCUCUGCUGGGGUCAGCAUCGUUAUUUCUCCACUGAGGUCGCUCAUCAUCGAUCAGGUCCAGAAGCUGAAGACUUUAGAUAUUGCUGCAACAUACCUGACUGGUGACAGGACAGAUGCUGAUGCCUCAAAAAUCUACAUGCAGUUGUCAAAGAAGGACCCUGUCAUAAAGCUGCUGUAUGUCACCCCUGAGAAGGUGUGUGCCAGCAACCGCCUGAUGUCUGCCCUGGAGAACCUCUACGACAGGAAACUCCUGGCACGUUUUGUCAUCGACGAGGCCCACUGUGUCAGCCAGUGGGGCCAUGACUUCAGACAGGACUACAAGAGGCUGAACAUGCUGCGCCGGAGGUUCCGCUCCGUGCCCAUGAUGGCCCUCACUGCCACUGCCAACCCCCGUGUGCAGAAGGACAUCCUCAACCAGCUCGAGAUGCUCAAACCACAAGUGUUUACAAUGAGCUUCAACAGGCAUAACUUGAAAUAUGAUGUGUUGCCCAAGAAGCCCAAGAAGGUGGCGAUGGAUUGCUUGGAAUGGAUUAAAAAAUAUCACCCCCAUGACUCUGGGAUCAUUUACUGCCUGUCCCGGCACGAGUGUGACACCACGGCAGCCAUCCUGCAGAAGGAGGGGCUGGCUGCCCUGGCCUACCAUGCUGGCCUCACCGACUCCAACAGGGACCUUGUGCAGCAGAAAUGGGUUAAUCAGGAGGGAUGCCAGGUGAUCUGUGCAACCAUUGCCUUUGGAAUGGGCAUUGACAAACCCGACGUGCGCUACGUGAUCCACGCCUCCCUCCCCAAAUCCAUCGAAGGUUACUACCAGGAGUCUGGCAGGGCUGGCAGGGAUGGAGAGAUGUCCCACUGCCUGCUCUUCUACAGCUACAGUGAUGUGACCAGGCUGAGAAGGCUCAUCCUGAUGGAGAAGGAUGGGAACAGCCACACGAGGCAGACCCACUUCAACAACCUGUACAGCAUGGUGCACUACUGUGAGAACGUGGUCGAGUGCCGCCGUGUCCAGCUGCUUGCCUACUUCGGGGAGACCAACUUCAACCCCACCUUCUGCAAAGAUCACCCAGAAGUGAUUUGUGACAACUGCAGCAGGAAGAAGGAUUACAGAUCCAGGAACGUGACCGAGGAUGUGAAGGGCAUCGUGCGCUUUGUGCGCGAGCACUGCGGCCACGCGGGGCGGGCGAACGGCAGCAGGAACCCAGGCUCGGGCAGGUACACCCUCAACAUGAUGGUGGACAUCUUCUUAGGUUCAUCGAGUGCCAAGAUUCAGUCUGGCAUAUUUGGGAAGGGGGCUGCCUAUUCCAGGCACAAUGCUGAAAGGCUGUUUAGAAAACUGGUCCUGGACAGGAUCCUGGAUGAGGAUUUGUACAUCACAGCUAAUGACCAGGCAGUGGCAUAUGUGAUUCUGGGAGAGAGAGCUCAGGCUGUGCUGGAUGGGUCACUCCAGGUGGAGUUCCACGAGACAGAGAGUGCCAGUGCCAUCAGAAGGCAAAGGGCUUCCAUGGCAAAGAUGUCCCAGCGGGAAGAGGUGGUUAAACAGUGCCUCAAUGAACUUACAGACACCUGCAAAACCCUGGGCAAAGUCUUUGAUGUGCAUUACUUCAAUAUUUUCAGUACUUCCACCCUAAAGAAAAUAGCAGAAACCUUGUCCUCGGACAUGGAGGUGUUGCUGCAGAUCGAUGGUGUCACAGAAGACAAGCUGGAGAAAUACGGUGCAGAAAUCAUUAAAGUGAUGGAUAAGUACUCAGAAUGCUCCUUCCCAGAGGACGCUGCCUGCCCAGGUGUGGACACAGCCCCGGGCAGCACUGGCUCUCUGGGCAGCGAUGCAGAAGCAGAGGAUGCAGGUACAACCUCCAGCUAUUUUGACAAUAACACAAACCAGAGGAGGAAAAGGAAGCGGCCGCCAAACUCCAGGGACUCCAAGAGGAAAAAGACGAGUGCUGGUGGCAGGCAGCAGUUCCAGCCCAGGGGUGGCUACAGCAGGUACAGAAGGACCAAGAAGGUGCCGAGCUCCAAGGCUGCAGCUUCCUCCGGUGCCAGCUCCGUGUCCUACAGCUUUGGUGGCACACAGGGAGCUGCUGGGAAGCUGGCCAUGAUGGCACUGCCCAAACCCAAAUCCAGGAGCUUCCUUCAGCCUUCAUAUUCCGUAUUUUAA